AUGUGGAGGGAAGUGCUUUCAGUAGCCUUCUAUCGGGCUGUCUUCACAGAAUUCCUGGUCACCGCCAUUUAUGUCUUCUUUGGCCUGGGCUCCAUGCUGAGGUGGCCAGAACCCCCUUCCGUCCUGCAAAGCGCCAUCACCUUCAACCUGGUUGCGGCCACCACAGUCCAGAUCUCCUGGCGCGUGAGUGGAGCCCACGUCAACCCAUCAGUGACCGUGGCCUUCUUGCUGGGUUCUCGCAUUUCCCUAGUGAAGGCCAUCUGCUACGUGGUUGCCCAGCUGGCUGGAGGGAUUCUUGGGGCAGCUGUCCUUUACGCCGUCACUCCAGCUACCAUUCGGGGAAAUUUAGGCAUCAAUAUGGUCAGCAGUAGCAUCUCCUCUGGACAAGCUGUUGCAGUGGAGCUCAUUUUGACCUUGCAGUUGGUUCUCUGCUAUUUUGCAUCCAAUAACACACACCGAAGCAAUGGAUCUCCUGCUAUCAUCAUUGGCAUCUCUGUUGCCUUGGGUCAGGUAGUUGGGCGGUACUUCACCAGCUGCUCCAUGAAUCCAGCCAGAUCCUUUGGUCCUGCUGUCAUUGUUGGAAAAUUUCCCCAGCACUGGGUAUUCUGGGUGGGUCCCUUGGCUGGUGCUAUCUUAGCAUCUUUGCUUUAUAACUUUGUUCUUUACCAUGACCCAAAGACUUUGGCCCAACGACUGGCUAUUCUCAAGGGCAGCUAUGAUGGAGAAGAGCUGGAGAAAGAGAGAGACCAACCGAAGGAAAACAUAUCACUGCCAAGCCUCGUGCAUAGACUGUAGCUUCCAGUGUCCCAGGAAGAGUGCAGACACAUAACACCCUUCUUCCAUUUUUAAAGGAAGCGCUCAGCAUCAGCAACACUAAACCUGCUUACUCUGAAACUGGUCACUAGAGGGCCCCAAGUGCCUUUUCUCUGAAGUCUGUGGGCCUCUGCAUUUUAGAUAUUAUGCCUGUUGCCCAGUUCUACAUUUGCUAUAGUAUCUUUUAGCAUCAGGAAUGCCUGACAGUAGAGAGAUGAUACAUGGAUGCCAUAAGACCAAGGGAGCUCAGGGACACUGCACAAAUCUGUAGAUAUCUUAUGCACUUUACAGGGGAAAUGUAACUGAGGCAAGGUUGAAUGUGAAUAUUUACAGCUGUGGGUAACAGAGGCAUAUAUUGUUUCUCUCAAGAAUUAAGGCUGCCUUCUGUUUUACCAAAGCAACCUCACACACACAUACACUAUAUAUGUCUAUAUAUAGAUAUGUAGAUACAUUGCAUUUUAACAUAACCAGCAUUGUUUCCUACUUUAUCAUGAAACAAGGGAUUGAGGUCACUUAUGUUUGACCCUGGAUUAUGAUUUUUAUUUUAUUUUUUAUUUAAAAUUUUAUCAUUGCUAGCCAUCUAAAGAAGUGUGUUCCUCAUUAUUCUUCCAAAACACUUCUCUAUCUCCAAGUCAAGGAUGGGGAACUUUUCCUCAUUCCCACAACUGUCUUGGCCCACAGUUUCUUAACCACUGGGCCAAGUUGGCAGCAGAGGUUGAUUCUCUAAUUCUGUGCUAGAUGUGGCUUGUCUGCAAUCCAGAAGAAUUACGAUCCUCUCCUACACUCACCGUACAGAGAUGGGGAAUAAUAAUAUGGAGAAUAUUAAUAAUAUAAUAAUAAAUUUUUAUUUCUUAUUUGCCUUUCCAUGUUGCUUGA